AUGACAGCUCAUGUAAAUAAUCUGAAAAAUUCUUCUCUGGCAGUCAAACAAAAUGCUAUGCUUAAAGAUGGAGGUAGCCCUUGUGCUGGAAGAGUUGAGGCCAGUAGCUUUGUAUCAUUCCGUGUACUAUGUGGCCGAAUGUGGGAUAUGAAUGAAGCUCGUGCUUUCUGCAAAUUCCUGAACUGUGGUGACGCUGUAUCUGCAUCAGGAGAUUCUCAGUUUGGGGCUGGUAAUGCCCCAGUGCUGAACACUGAACUUCACUGCAAAGGUACUGAGGAUGACCCCUGGAAAUGUGAAAUGAAGGCUUUGGCUCACCGAAACUGCUCUGCAGAAACAGAAGCAGCUGGUGUUGUGUGUUCAGGUCAAAGAGGACCGCGAUUAGUUGGCGGUAAUGAUACUUGCUCAGGACGACUGGAGAUACUUAAGGGUGACACCUGGGGCACAGUCUGCGAUACUCACUGGGAUUUACAGGAUGCAGCGGCGGUCUGCAAUCAACUCGGUUGUGGAAUCGCAAUAGCAACACCAGGUGGCGCAUUUUUUGGAGAAGGAAAUGGGAUGAUAUGGAAUGAUGUCAACGAAUGUAUCGGCAAUGAAAUGCAUUUGCGUGACUGCCCGGUUUCAUCCUCGGGGCACCAUAGGUGCUCACACAGCAAUGAUGCUGGGGUCAUCUGUUCUGGUGAAGAUUGGCAGAUGCGGCUGGGCAAUGGGGAGAGCAGGUGUGAUGGCCGAGUGGAGGUUUAUUCUGGUGGCAUUUGGGGAAGAGUGACUGACACUGAGUGGAAUUACAAUGAUGCCAAUGUAGUUUGCAGACAACUGAAUUGUGGCUCUGCAGUAAGGGUCUUCAAUCACUCGAAGUUUGGGAAAGGCAAAGGUCCAUCCUUGAUCAACAAUGUCAGAUGCAAUGGAAAUGAACCCUUCCUGUGGAAUUGCAGUUUUACAGAAAUGGAAGAGUUAUCUGUUGCUGCUGACGUGGGUGUGGUUUGUGCUGAUCAUAUUCAAAUAAGAUUGGUGGAUGGUGGAAGUCGCUGUGCUGGAAGGGUGGAACUUUACUACAAUGGAAGCUGGGGAACUGUAUGCGAUGAUUCCUGGGAUUUAGUUGAAGCCCACGUUGUCUGCAACCAGCUGAAGUGUGGACAGGCUGUAAAUGCAACCGUUUCCGGUUGGUUUGGUCCAGGAGUGGGGCCGAUCUGGUUAGACAAUAUAAAAUGUGGAACAAAUGAAUCUGUCUUGUGGGAAUGUCUGGCGGCGCCGUGGGGUGAGAGCGACUGCAAUCAUAAAGAAGAUGCUGGAGUUAUCUGCUCAGAGCACAGGGCUGUGAGGCUGCAGGAUGGAGCGAACCCCUGUCAGGGCAGAGUCGAGGUUUUUUAUAAUGGAACCUGGGGGACAGUUUGUGUUGAUUCCUUUGGAAUAAAGGAAGCGCAAGUUGUUUGUCGACAGCUCGGAUGUGGCUUUGCCCAAUUGGAACAUGCUAUUACAUUUAGAAGUGGCUCUGGACAGAUCUGGCUCGAUGAUGUGAACUGUCGUUUGUAUGAUACAGUCCUGUGGCAAUGUCCAGCUUCACCAUGGGGCCAACAUAACUGUGACCACAACGAGGAUGUCGGAGUCCUUUGUUCAGAACUAAAUCCUGGGGAAAUGCACAGUAAGGGGCACAGGAAGAAAAAUAACCUGGAGCAAGUUUCGAAAGACGUUGGGUUGCAGCUGGCUGCUGGUUUGAACAAUUGCUCGGGAAGAGUUGAAAUAUUUUUUCGUGGUGUGUGGGGAACGGUUUGCGAUGACUCUUGGGACAGGCAUGACGCCGCUGUCGUUUGCAGACAAUUAAAUUGCGGCGAGCCGGUCUGGACAGUGGAAGACACGAUAUCCAACCAAGCAAAUGGCACAAUUUGGAUGGACAAAGUUCAAUGCCAUCAGAAAUACACAGCACCCUUCAACCAGCAGGGACGCUCGAUCUUCAUCAUCCCAUGCGUAUUUGUUGUCCUAUUGAUUGCUGUUUCACUUGCUUUGGUUGCAGAACUGCAGAGAAGCUUCCAGAAAGCUAACAGGAACAUACAACAUUACACCACUGGAUUUCCUGAUCCUGUUUAUGAAGAGAUUGAGGUUCAGGAGCUUGGAACCGGCGCAGGCUUCCACUCUACCAGUUCACUGAACAUGUUGGAAUGUUAUACAGAGAGCGAGGCACAUGAAUAUGAAAAUGCAAACAUGGAAGGUGGAAUCGGAGGAGACUAUGACGACGUUCAGCAAGCUGCAUUGGAGUAUUGA